AUGUACCGUCAUCGCUCAGUUUCAGUCAACGAUCUAGACUCCGUCCUGAGACAGGAUGUCAUAUUACGCAAUUCUACCAAUUCCACCGGUUCUGAAGAGAGCCUCCAUAGAGGUGACUGGCGUCCCUCUUUUCCAAUCGAACCUCCCAAAUCACCACCAGUUAGGGUUUCAACACCGCCUGGCUUGCCGCCAUUCGGCACCGAGCAGGCGACACUCCUCCGGCUGGUACAGCGGCAGCCGACAAACAGACUGUCAUUCUGGGGCCGCAUUUGGAGGCGUACCUUUGACGGAAGCGAUGAGCAAGCUACAGCUAGCCCUAACUCCGAGGGUUCCCCUAGGGCGUCAGCGCUGAACCAAUCUAUUGGUCCUUCAAAUUCAGUCGACCUCUUUGAGCGAACAUUGGCUGCGAUAGGCAUGUCGGCGAUUGUCGAAACCCCACGGGCAACCUCUACAAAUCCUCGGGCAUCUCUACCUCGUGGAGUUUACAGGGCUAAUAUCCCUGGCCCACUUGCUCGAGCUGAUGAUGGUACAUUAGUGAGAGGGAGGUUCGGCCCUCGCGCCAGCGGUCAUGGCAUCGGUUCCCGUGAUCUUGAGUUGCACCCCAUGGGUCGAUUGAGAGAGUCCGGCGCGAUUGAGCGGGCCAUGAGGGAAAUAGACAAGGCCUGUGAGAGGACAAACCUUGAAAAUUCCAUUCUCCAGAGCGGCGGCUCUGGAGUAUCACCUACGAUGCGAAGGAAUGGUCGGACCAACAAUGAAACAUCGACUUCGCCAGCUCAGCUCCAUCCAAGAAGUGAAACGGAAUUUUCUCCUGCCUUCACUUCCCCGAUCCUGAGAGUCAUUCCUACAUACCACCCACGAAUGCCUCGCACUGCUGCACUCAUCGAACCCAACUUGCUUUCUCUCUCCAGCGUGGACAGUGCCACGGGCGGUGCGCCGAGUACAAGUGGUGCUACAGGGGGCGAGGGAGAAUGGACAAAUGGCAAGAGAAGAAAGCAAGGGAAUGCAUGGAGGCGUAUGUGGGAUGCGGUCAGAGACUGCUGGACUCGCAUUUGGCGGGCGCUUUGUGUGGAUUGA